CUCUUUAAAAAAUUUCCAUCAUCUCAUCUGCACGUAGGACAUGUUCAGCCGUCCAUUUAUCUGCUGAGGAGCCCGCAUGUGUCAACAGAGGUGCUCUUCCUGCAUUCCUGGCCCGGCAGGGGCGUGUUCAGGCCGGUUGUAGUGAUAGUCUUUGAGUGUGAGAGAAGGCGGAGCCUAGCAGGAGUCAGGUACAUAAGACACUCCAGUUCCAACUGUUGCACUGACUGACUGACAGGAGACAAACAUGCCGACUCUCCUACUGUGGCUGCUCAUCCUAAACGCCUCACUGAGAGCUUCAGAAAGCCACAAUCCAUGGAUUACGGAGGCCAAAGGCUAUGAAGUGGUCCGACCUGUUCGCCUUCACACAGUCCAAAAAAGGAGUGCAGAGCACCAGAGACCGGAGAUCCUGCAUUACUCCCUGACUGUGGGAGGGCAAGACAUGGAAAUGCAACUGGAAAAAAACAUGGAACUAAUCACCGCAGACUACACUGAAACCUAUUACAAGGAAGAUGGAACUCAAGUCACAACAAGCCCAGAUGAUAUUGAUGACUGCUACUAUCAAGGAAAGAUUUUGAACGACUCUGACUCCUUCAUUAGCCUCAGCACCUGUGAAGGACUCAAGGGUUAUUUCAGGACAUCUGCCCAGAAGUACCUGAUUGAGCCGCUUUCCAAAGACGAUGAGGGUGACCACGGAGUAACAACCUUGACGGAGGAAAAGUUCACACCUGCGGUGUGCGGGGUCACCAACACCACGUGGAACGACGACUUUGAGCCCCCAACCAGUCGCAGCCGCUCAAGAUCAGGGGGCGUGAGCCUCGUUCAGCAGCAGAAGUACAUCGAGCUCUACCUGGUGGUUGAUCACCGGAUGUAUGAGAAGAUGAAGCGGGAUCAGGCCAAAAUCCGUGAGAGGAUUUUUGAGAUUGUUAACUUUGUCAACAUGGUUUACAAGCCCUUGAAGACUUUCGUGGCUCUUGUGGGACUGGAGAUCUGGUCUAACGGUGACUUGAUCUCAGUGACUCCACCUGCUGGCAGCAAUCUCAACAACUUCAUGAAGUGGAGAAACAGUGAGCUGAGCAAGAGGAAGAGGCACGACAACGCACAUCUUAUUAGUGCAAUAGACUUCCAAGGUUCCACAGUUGGUCUAGCUUACAUCGGUACUCUGUGCUCUGGUCACUCUGUUGGCGUCGUUCAGGAUCACAAUAACAGAGCCAUUGCAGUGGGAGCCACUCUGGCACAUGAGAUGGGUCACAACUUGGGCAUGAACCAUGACGACUCCAGCGCCUGUAUUUGUACAGGCGACAGCUGCAUCAUGGCUGCAGCUCUCAGUUGGACCACGCCACGCUCCUUCAGCAGCUGCAGCAGCAGCCACUACGAGAAGUAUCUGAACAAUCGCGUCCCAGGAUGCCUCCUGAACAAACCCGACUUUCAGAGUGUGGUUUCUCCUGCUGUCUGUGGGAACGGGUUUUUGGAAAGUGGGGAGCAGUGUGACUGUGGAAGUGUGGAGGAGUGCACCAAUCCCUGCUGCAACGCCACCACCUGCACUCUGACGGAGGGGUCCCAGUGUGCUGCAGGCGAAUGCUGUGAGAACUGUAAGAUUCUUCCUCGGUCCAGGGAAUGUCGAAUGAAGCAUGACGAGUGUGACAUUGCUGAAUACUGCGACGGGAAAAGCGUCACCUGCCCGGAGGACGUCUUUGCCGUCAAUGGCCUUCCAUGCGACCAGGGUCUAGGCUACUGCUACAACGGUCAGUGUCCGCAACGGCCUGACCAGUGUGUCAAGAUGUUCGGAGCAGGGGCCUCUCAAGCCUCUGACUACUGCUUCAAGCAGAACACCAGAGGAGUCUACUACGCCUACUGCAAACGUCCCAGUAAUGACCAGUACAUCCCCUGCCAAAGGCAAGAUGUCUUUUGUGGAAAGCUCUUCUGCAUCGGAGGGAAAGAGAGUCCCAACUACGGUCGAAUGGUGAAGUUCGGCCAGUGCAAGGCCUCUUUCUUCGGUGACCACAACGCCGACUAUGGACAGGUGGACACAGGCACCAAGUGUGGCGACGGAAUGGUGUGCAGUGAGAACGAGUGUGUGGACCUCAACACGGCCUACAGGAACAUCAACUGCUCCGCCAAAUGUCCUGGCAACGCUGUGUGCAACCACAGGAGCGAGUGUCAGUGUGAGCCAGGGUGGAUGCCUCCUAACUGCGACUCCAAAGACGCAGACUUCGGCGGACUCUCUACAGGAGCAAAGACCGCCAUCAUCGUAACAGCUGUCCUGAUCCUUCUCGCCAUCAUUGCUGCCGCUGCGGGAAUAAUGUGGAAGAAGCGUCGGAGGUCCUCCCUGCCGGUCAGGAAGCCAGCAGCUGUGAACAACCCCAGGAUGUACCAGCAGGCCACGCCCUCCCCACAGGCCGGACGACCUAAAGGGCGGCCGCCUCCUCCGCCUCCAGCUGGCAACAACCCUAAACCAGGUCAGAGCUACACUACAGCGCGACAGGUAACACAUCUCACAGCCUACCUUCACCUCAGCUCCUCCUGCGAGACCAGUCGUUAUUCGAAAACGCUGUCAAAUGAUCUGCUUCUUCACCCACCAGGCUCUUCGGCCAGUACCUCCGCCUAAAGUCUGAGCGGUUGAAUGGCGCCAUCUAGUGGCGUCAUCCCUCCACUGCAUCCCAUAAUACUGGACCAAAGACGGCUGGUUUUGUCACCAACAAGCCCUAUUUUUUUCUUUUAACCUUGAAAUAGUCAAAACAAAUGCACUUUCCAUACUUAACAUUUUUAUGUGUGAGUUAAACCGACACUGUGACAGACGACUGGCUGUGUUAUUGCAAACUGUUUCUCAAAGCAUCCACCCAUUCAGGACCACAACUUUUGAAAUCACAUCCAUGAUGGGGUGUCAAAACCAUGCAAUAUAACUGGGCAGAUCAGAGCCACCAAGUCACUUCAUAAAGUCCCCAAGAGUGAAUUGUUCAUAGAAAUAAACGUGGAAAAAGUCAAUAGCAAGUCGACAUUCUUCAGGCUGUUUUCUAUCAAACAUGAGUUGGAAAUCUAUCUGUUCUCCAGCUGAAGAACUACAGGAUCUUUUUUAAGUAAUGAGGGAUAUUUUGCGGUGAAGGAGUACAACAGAAUCAUCACUACUCAGCCCUUGACUUGAAGCCCCUUGUGUGAUUGACUUGACACCCAGGAUAACCUUGUUCAUUACACUCUAAAUGAAGCUUCACCUGCAUCACCACCAGCCAUGUCAACAAACCUCGUGUAGCAAAUCCAGUGACGUGGACAGUUUUCUCAGGUCAGUUGUCGCUCAGCGAUCCUACUCCACUUCAUGUGUGGCUGAAAUUGAAAGCCAUUGAUGUCAAUAUGUAAAUAACUGAACACUUUCGGUCAAUUCUAUUUAUAAUGCUGUGAAGAAUGUCAGUAUUAAAUGUAGCGCCACAGUGCUGUUGCAGCAAAA